CAGUCAUAGGGCUCUUCCUCCUUGCUGCCCAGCACAUGAAUGGGAGCAGUGUCGGUAAUGGAGGUGCUGAAGAUUUCAGAGCCAGAGGAGACCUUUAGACACAGUCCAGUGCCAAGGGACCGUCUUUUUUACGACACGGUCUUCCACAACAGCGAGGUAAUCCUGGUGCAGGUAAACCCAGGUGAGGCCUUCACUAUUCGACGAGAGGAUGGUCAGUUUCAAUGUAUCACAGGUCCUGCUCAGGUUCCCAUGAUGUCUCCAAAUGGUUCAGUGCCUCCAAUCUAUGUGCCUCCUGGAUACAUUUCACAGAUCAUAGAAGAGAAUGGAGUGCGGCGGGUUCUGGUUUUGCCGCAGCAACCGGAGUUUCACCCAGGUGGCCACUCCCCUCUCCACCAUCCUCCGCCACCGCCCCACCCCCACCUGCCUGCCUUCAUCCCGCACCAGGCCAUGAUGCCCCCGCCGCCCCACCUCUACACGGGCAUGGCGGGCGGCGGCGACAUGGGCUCGCAGUACAUCUCCCAAUAUCACCCGGCUCACAUCUACUCAGAGCAGGUCUCUGCAGAUUCCCAUUCCCAACAUGGACGGCCAGCCUUUGUCCACAGGGACGACAGAACCAGCAAAACCUACGAGCGUCUGCAGAAGAAGCUGAAGGAACGCCAGGGAGGCGGUGGAGGGCAGGUGAGAGACAGCCCCCCGCCUUCGCCGCUCAAGACCCGCCGCAGCCCCCCGACGCUGGACGUCCACAAUGGCGUGGGAGGAAAAGUGCUCGAGGCGGAGCAGGGUCAGCCUGGCCAUGCGGCGGACAAGCAGACGGACAGAGAGCUGGAUGCAGCAGCUCAGGCCCUGCAAGCACUGUUGAGCACCAUCAGUAAGCCGGCGGUGUCAGACAUCCAGGCCAGAGGGGCAGCAGUGAGCUGGAGUGCGCCCACCGGGCCCGAGAGCGGCGACGGCAGCACCGAGGACGACCACACCCCUCCGGGGCCCCUCAGCUACGAGGUGUCGGUGUCCUUCAGCAGCAAGGAUGGGAAGUACAAGAGCAUGUACUGUGGCGAAGAACUAAGUGCGACUUUGGACGACCUUCGACCGGCGACGGACUAUCAUGUCAGGGUGCAGGCCAUGUCCAACUGUUUACAGGGAAGUCCCUCGGAGGCCCUCAGCUUCACCACAUCCAGCUGUGAGCCGGAGCCUCCCAAUCCACCCAGGAAGGCCAGCGGGACCAAGAACACACUGGUGCUCCAGUGGAAGGCCCCAUGUGACAACGGUUCCAAGGUCCAGAACUACAUUCUUCAAUGGGAUGAGGGCAAAUGCACGGGUGUGUUUGAGCAGUGCUACUACGGACCUCAGAAGCAGUACAGACUGACCAAACUCUCACCAGCCUCAAGAUACUCCUUCCGCCUUGCAGCCAAAAACGACAUGGGUGCCAGUGAGUUCAGUGAAGUGGUGGACCUGUUCACCUCAUGCAGUGUGCCAUUGCCGCCCUUCCCCCCAGAGCUGGAGAUGGCGGGGGUGACCUGGCUGUGUCUGAGGUGGCAGCGGCCCAACAGCUCGCCCAAGGAGGACGAGGUCUACUACGUGUUGGAGAUGGAGGAGGAAGGCUCGGGUUACGGCUUCCAGGCCAGCUACGAUGGCGAUGACCUCUCCUGCACGGUCAGGAACCUCCACAGGAGUACCAAGUACAAGUUCCGGGUGGCGGCUUACAACUCUGAAGGCAAAAGUAACCCCAGCCCGGUGGUGGAGUUCAUCACAAAACCAGACAGGCCCAGCUAUCCCUCCAGGCCCGUCAUCAAGGGGAAGGUUCUACCCACCACUUUCAAGUUGGCCUGGGAUCCCCCAAAAGAGAGCGGAGGAGCCGAAGUGACAAAGUACGUCGUCGAGCUGUCCGAGGGUUUAAGCGGUUUGUCCUGGGAGCUUGUGUAUUCCGGCCCCGCCUUGGAGUGCGUGUGCGACGGCCUGAAGCCCGGCUGCUGCUACCAGACCAGAGUGUACUGCAUGAGCGAGGGGGGGCAGAGCCCGCUGUCGGAGACCCUGCAGGUCCAGACUCCCGCGGUGCCCCCUGGACCCUGCCAACCCCCCCGACUGGUGGGCAAGCCCAAAGCCCGAGAAGUGCAACUGCGCUGGGGCCCGCCGCAGGUGGACGGCGGCAGCCCCGUGUCCUGCUACAGCGUGGAACUGAGUGGGCCGCAGCCGGAGGACAGCAGGGAGGUCUACCAGGGUCCAGAGCCGGACUGCUUUGUGGGAGGCUUGAUGCCCGGGAGGAGCUACGGAGUCCAGCUCAAGGCGGGAAACAAGGCGGGGUUUGGGCCUCUUUCUGAGCGCUACGACUUUACCACCGGAGCCGGGGCCCCGGAACAGUGCAAGGCGCCUUCCACCGUGUGCAAGUCGCCCAGCUGUGUCGUGGUCAGCUGGGAGAGUCCGCCCUGCAACGGCGCUCCAGUGACCGAGUUUCGCCUGGAGUGGGGGGCCGCCGAGGGCAGCAUGCAGGUGUGCUACAGCGGGCCGGCCCUCAGCCACGAAGUGAAGGGUCUGCUGCCUGCGAGCAACUACUUCUGCAGGGUGCAGGCUAUGAACGCGGCUGGCGUGGGGCCCUUCAGCGAGGCGCUCCUGUGCCAGACCCCCUGCUCCGUGCCGGCCGCCGUCGGCAACAUCUACGCCAUGAGGGAGUCGGAGUUGACGAGGCACAAGGCCGCGGGCGAGGCAGAGGACGAGGAGGACGGCAGCGCCGGGCCUCCGUACUCGCCGUCCACCUGCUUGGGAAUUUGCUGGGAUCCCCCCUGCGACCACGGUGCCGAGAUCACGUCCUACCUGGUCGACCUGGGCGAGCGCCAGCCCGUCGUGGUUGGCCGCGUCAGCAAACACGUCAUCCAGCACCUGCAGCCUGACACCAGCUACAGGAUCCGCAUCCAGGCCUUGAACAGCUUGGGAGCGGGCCCCUUUAGUCACACCUUUAAGCUGAAGACCAAGCCCCUGCCCCCUCAGCCGCCCCGCCUGGAGUGCACCGCCUUCAGCCACCAGACCCUCAGGCUCAAGUGGGGCGACGGUCCAGCCAAAGCCGCUGCCUCCGACGCCCUCCAGUAUCAGCUGCAGAUGGAGGACAAGAACGGCAGAUUCCUAUCCUUGUACAAAGGAACCUGCCACACACACAAAGUCCAGAGGCUUAAUGAGUCUACCUCUUACGCGUUCCGCAUCCAGGCCUUUAACGAGGCGGGCGAAGGGCCCUUCUCCAGUGUUUACACCUUCACCACCCCUCGCUCUCCUCCUGCCCCUCUCAAAGCUCCCAAGGUGGAGCGUCUGGAUGACAACUCCUGUGAGGUCACCUGGGAGGCCUUGUCGCCCAUGAAGGGAGACCCCAUCAUCUACACCUUGCAGUCCAUGGUGGGCAACUCUGAGUUCAAGCAGGCCUACAAAGGUUCCGGCACGUCCUUCACGGUUCCGCACCUGCACGCCAACAGCGACUACCGCUUCCGGGUUUGCGCCAUCCGGCAGUGCCAGGACGCCCCGAGGCUGAGCGGCCCCUACAGCCCCACGGUGACCCUCCCUGUCCAGCGCUGCGAGGCGGCGCCCGGCGGCCCGGCGGCCUCGUCCUCCCCCCGGUCCGAGUCGGGCCGGGCCAGACGCAGCUUGACGGACGAGCAGUGCGCCUUCCUCCUCCUCAUGGUGUUCGCCGUCAUCGCCAUCCUCAUCGCGUUCGUCAUCCAGUACUUUGUCAUCAAGUGAGCGCCGCCGCCCUCCUCACCCCCCCCACCCUGCCCCCGCUGCACGGUUCUUAUAGCUUUAUUCUUUUUCCCGCUCUUUCUUUUCCCCCGUCAGCGCAGGUCUCGGGGGCGGGGCUUUGGGAGUGAUUAGUGCCUGUGAUCACUUCCUGUCUCAGGCCCCGCCCUCUUCUCGCUCGCCCACUGGUGUGCGAAAGGGGGCGGGGCCACACAGUGACACAGAAUUGAUGUGCAUAGAAGGAAAAAGUCCUUAUAUUUGCAGCAGUUUUUCAUCGUGUUCAUUUGUGUCUUUUUUUAACAAAGCUUUCAUUUAUGUAACUGAACUUUUUUGCCUUUAAAUUUUGUGAACUAAAUUUUUUUUUUACAACAAAUUAUGCUGAAAAAAAUCAUUGAAUAAAAAAAUUUAUUCAGUUUGUGAAAAUACAGUGUGUAAAAAUUUAGUUAAAAAAAAUCAUUGUGAAAAAAAAUGUCAGCAUAAAAAUUUGACAGGUAAGCAGAAGAGAUGUACUGUAAGGAGUUAAGAGGGCCGUGGGACUGUAUUAAAAUUCAGUGUAUAAAAAUUCAGUGUAUAAAAAUUUAGUGUAUAAAAAAUCAUUGUAUAAAAAUUCAGUGUAUAAAAAUUAUUUGUCUAAAAAAUCAGUGUGAAAAAAAUCAGUAUAAAAAUUCAGUGUAAAAAAAAAUCAGUGUAUGAAAAUUUUGUGUAUAAAAAUUAAGUGUAUAAAACUUCCAUCUAUCCAUUUUCUACCGCUUUGCCCCUUUUGGAGUUACGGAGGGGCCGGGGCCAAUUCCAGCUACACUCGGGUGGAAGGUAGCAUAAAAAAAGUUUGAUGUGUAAAAAAAUCAGUAUCAGUGUAUUCAAAUUCAGCACAAAUUCUGUGUAUAAAAAUUCAGCGUAAAAAAAUCAGUAUAUCAGUGUAUUAAAAUUGAGUAUGAAAUAAUUGGUGUAUAAAAAAAUUAGUGUAUAAAAUUCAGUGAAUAAAAUUCAGCGUAUAAUAUUCACUGUAUAAAAAUUCAGCGUAAAAAAAAUCAGUAUAUCAGUUUAAUAAAAUUCAACAUAAAAAAAUCAGAGUAUAAAAUUCACUGCAUAAAAAUUCAGCGUAAAAAAUCAGUAUGUCAGUGUAUUAAAAUAGAGUAUGAAAUAAUCUGUGUAUAAAAAAAUUAGUGUAUAAAAUUCAGUGAAUAAAAUUCAGCGUAUAAUAUUCACUGUAUAAAAAUUCAGCGUAAAAAAAUCACUAUAUCAGUUUUUUAAAAUUCAGCAUAAAAAAAUCAGUGUAUAAAAAAUUCAGAGUAUAAAAUUCACUGUAUAAAAAUUCAGCGUAAAAAAUCAGUAUAUCAGUGUAUUAAAAUUGAGUAUGAAAUAAGCGGUGUAUAAAAAAAUUAGUGUAUAAAAUUCAGUGAAUAAAAUUGAGCGUAUAAUAUUCACUGUAUAAAAAUUCAGCGUAAAAAAAAUCAGUAUAUCAGUUUAUUAAAAUUCAGCAUAAAAAAAUCAGUAUAUAAAAAAUUCAGAGUAUAAAAUUCACUUCAUAAAAAUUCAGCGUAAACAAAUGUGUAUAACAGUGUAUUACAAUUCAGCGUAAAAAAAUUACUGUAUAAAAAUUCAGCGUAAAAAAUUCACUAUAAAAAUUCAGUGUGUAAGAAUUCAAUGUAAAAAAAAAAUCAGUAUAAAAUCUCAGCGUAAAAAAAAUCAGUGUAUAAAAAAAAUUCCAGUGUUAAAAAAAUUCAGCGUAAAAAAAUCAGUAUUAUCAGUGUAUUAAAAUUGAGCAUGAAAUAAUCGGUGUAUAAAAAAAAAUCAGAAUAUCAGUUUAUUAAAAUUCAGAGUAUAAAAUUUACUGUAUAAAAAUUCAGCGUAACCAAAUCUGUAUAUCAGUGUAUUAAAAUUCAGCGUAAAAAGAUUACUGUAUAAAAAUUCAGCGUAAAAAAUUCACUAUAAAAAUUCAGUGUGUAAGAAUUCAACGUAAAAAUAAAUCAGUAUAAAAUCUCAGCGUAAAAAAAAAUCAGUGAAUAAAAAAAAUAUCUAGUGUACAAAAAUUCAGCGUAAAAAAUUCAAUUGAUAAGAAUUUAGUGUAUAAGAAUUAGGUGUGUAAUAAUUCAGUGUAUCAGAAUCCAGUGUAUAAAAAAUCAAUGUAAAUAAAAUUCAGUGUAUAAAAAUCCAGGGUAUAAAAAAUCAGCAUAAAUAAAAUUCAGUGUAUAAAAGUUAUAGUGUAUAAAAAAUCAGCGUAAAUAAAAUUCAGUGUAUAAAAAAAUCAGCGUAUAUAAAAUUCAGUGUAUUAAAGUUAUAGUUUAUAAAAAAUCAGCGUAAAUAAAAUUCAGUGUAUAAAAAAAUCAGCGUAUAUAAAAUUCAGUGUAUUAAAGUUAUAGUGUAUAAAAAAUCAGCGUAAAUAAAAUUCAGUUUAUAAAAGUUCUAGUGUAUAAAAAGUCUGUGUAAAGUCCUGAAAAAUUCAAACCAGAUGACUGAAAACUUGACACCUCAUUGGCUGGUCCUGACACAAGAUCAAUUGUUUCAGUCCUAAUUUACCAGAAGUCGCUGUUAAGUUUUCAAGCAUUGAAUUUUUACAUUCUGAAUUUGAAAACCGUGAAUUUAACAAAAACACACAAUUUUGUUCAUUUUUUUCAAUAAGGUUGUCAACAUAUUUUGAUGAACAAAAAUUCAGUUCACAAAAUUCAAACGCAAAAAAAAACAAUUACCUUCAAAAAUAAGCUUUGGUAAUAAAGACACAAAGUAAGAAAACAAAGGUAAUGUAGGCGUGCCAGGAUCUGGUGGGCGGAGUUUGCACAGUGAAGGAUGGUGAGGGGGCGGGUGGGGGUCCAGAUGCUAAAAAAAAUCUAAAUAAUAAAAACGGGACCACAUGAAGGGACUUUUUAAAAGAAAAAAAAACAACCCCGGUGGAUUUUAAGGCGUACAAAAAACAAUCUGAUUCAGCACUUUCCAGAUGUUUUUCAUGUCGGGAAUGUUUAAGGACGUGUGAACAUGUGACCGCAGAAAUGUUGCUAUAUUUUUGUACAGUGGCGACAAAAACAUCAAGAAACCAAACUAACAGUCAACUUUCUUUUUUCUUUUUUCUUUUUUUUACUUUUUACGUCAUGCAGCUGCUUAACCAAUUAUCAUAUUCGUAAUAAUAUUGUCCGGCACAAAAUGUUUUCUUUCCAGUCAUUGAUUUGAUGUGCAAACCGUGACUGACUUUUUAUGGCGCACACCUUUUGCGUUUGUGUCGUUUUUGUUGUCCUUUUAAAAAGUUGUGCGUCGCUGCAACGGCCUUUAUUGGAGGAGAAAAAAAACAAUUUUUUUAUAUAUAUAUGUGUAUAUAUAUAUAUAUAUAUAUAUAUAUAUAUAUAUAGUGUUGGAAAUCAUUCAAGUGUUUUAUUUGAUAUCUUUUUUCGACGUCAGUAAAUAACGGUAUAGAAAGUAGUCGGUCGUGCGUGUUUUACUUUGCGAUGAUUUCCUUUGAUUUGGCUUUGUCAGGGUUCCGUGUUGAAGUAUAUGAAUAUCUAUUUUUUAUAUGAUACUAUAGGUUAACGGGAACACCCGCGUGAUAUCAUGUACUUCCUGCGUCGUGUGCGUUCCUUUUCGUCUUGUCGGCUUGCGGCCAGUCCACGCGUUUAUUCAAAAGACAAAAAGAUCCGACGGCCAUCUUGCUAAAGCCGCGUCACGUGAUUGGCUCCUGGGAACAAAUCCCCGUCUUUGAUAGCGGAUCAUGCCGAUUCAGCGCCUCCGCCGCCCGUUUGGUUGCUUGAGGAGAUUCACCAAUAAAACCCAAAUAUGCACAAAAAUGGAGAGAGAGCAUUUUAAUGUAAUUUUAAUAUUUGCGGUUACCUCACACACCUCUACAUUCCAAGAUGACAAUUUGUUAUACUUAGCAGACAUAUCACUUUCAGAUGUUCGUUAUGGGGAAAAUGUAUAAUCAUAGAAAUGUAUUUAAAAGUGUAUAUGUAUAGCCAUGAUAUCUACAAAAAAAUCCAUGCACAAUAAAAGAUUUAUUAUU